CUCAAUAUCAAGAACUACCAGAUCCAAACACACCCCGAACCAACCCGAACUAACACAAAUCCUCAAUAUGCACGCCAGCUCUUUCAUCGCUCUCGCCCUCGGUGCCACCGCCGUCUCUGCGGCCGCUGUCGCCGUGGACGCCACCCCCGUCUCUUCGGCCCCUGUCCUCAGCUCUGAGCGCAGGCAGAAUGCGUGCGAUCCGUACUGCCAGUUCCCCAAAAGCCUUGACUGCCCAGGAAGCGGCGGUGUUCACAUCGAACAGAAAGAUCUUAUCGCGGCGGUUGUUGCAGGCGACAGGUCUCAACCACCACGUGAGACCAGUGCAGCCAACCUUGCUACGAGGCACUGCGGUGAACUCAAGACCUUCCCUCUCUGGAUUGCUGAUUUACCUAAACGAGCUGGCAGUGUUUAUUAUGCCGUUUCACCUCGUGGCACCUUUUACUAUUGCGGCACUAGUUCGGGAACACAUGCAUCGGGCUGGCCCGACCAAUGCAAGGAGAACUAAUAGGUAUCGAUCAGAAAUCCUUGUAUAUACUUGAAAAUUCUCCCA